UAAGCACAGCGCGCGCGCGCAGCCAUCGCCGUCGCACGCACGCUCGCCACGCUCGCCUCCCUCUCCCCCUCCGCCUCCUGCUCGAGUGCUCCGCUCUGUUCCGCUCUCUCCCCGCUUCAUGGGAGCGCGGCCUCCCAGGUGCUCGCCGGCCUCCUCGGCCGGGCCGCCACUCUCUGCGCCGAGGUCAACCGCAUCCUGGAGCGGCGGCGGCACGGAUCUGAGCGGCGGCUCGGCAUGGCUUCUCCGGGCGUGUUGCAGGUACAAAUUUGACGAUGAGUGUAUAACAAAAGAAGGUAAUAGGAUGGCCCUUGGAGAGCAAUAUGGGUUUGAGGAAGAUGAUUUGUGGCAUCUCCCUCCUGAGAAGAGCAAGGAAAAUAUUCUUCUUUUCUUCAUACUCUACAAUCUCGAAGAGGAAGAACUUUGUUUUGUGAGGAGUCUCUUAAUAAAGGCCUCGGGAAAGCUUCCAGAAAUCCUGACAAAACUAAGUGAAAUGGCUGGAUUUACGCCAUGUGAAGAAAUUGAACUUCAUGAGUCAAGAGUUAAAUUCACAUUUGCAAGCAUUUCCUGUAAGUAUAGUCAGGAGCCAACCCUUGGUGUGCUCCAUCUGAGGUUGCAACUUUGCAAGAAUUUCUGCAGAAGCAAUUCAUCUUCCAUGAGACCUGGUUUUGCUCCAAUGGGGCCCUGUAGCAUAAGCUGGAUAAUGAGCUUACGGAGUCUAGCUAUACACCCGAGAAAUUUACGCGCUUUUGUAUUCAGAACUUUGCCUAAGCUCAUAGUGCUUUCUCCUGGUUUAUUGAAUAAAUUCCGAGAAGAACAUGUUCAUCCACCACUGAUGGAGAUUUCGGCAGGAAAAUUGCCAGAGCUGCCCCGGGAAAUCCUGAUGGAUAUAUUUGCCCUUCUGGAGAUCCCUGAUCUCGUGCGUGUGGGCUCUGUCUGCUCCUCCUGGAACUCUGCGUAUACCAGCUUAUGUAACAUUGGGCAGUACAAACAGUCGCAGACACCAUGCCUCCUCUACACUUCCGAAUCUGCUGGUGAGAAUGUUGCUUGCCUCUACAGCCUUGCCGAAAAGAGGGCCUACAAAUUAACUCUCCCGGAGCUGCCCAUCCACAGAAGGUAUCUGAUUGGGUCCUCACAUGGGUGGAUGGUUACUGUUGAUGAGUGGUCUGAGAUGCACCUUGUCAAUCCAAUCACUUGUGAACAGAUUGCUCUGCCAUCAGUGAUCACCAUUGAGCAGGUGAAACCCAUUUAUGACGAUGGAGGUGCAAUUUGUAAGUAUCAUUACUCAAUGCACACUGCACAGUCAGUUUUUAGACGGCCCUUAACACUUGAUCUUGGCAAGUUGCGUUACUACUUCCAUCAUAAGGCACUUGUAUUUUAUGAUACAUCUUCAGGAAGCUAUAUCGUGGUGUUCAUCCACAAUCCAUUUGGGCAGCUUUUAUUUGCUAGGUUAGGGGAUGUGAAGUGGACCUGGCUGCCAUCUCACAGAAAUUUUCAGGACUGCAUCUACAAGGAUGGUCUGUUAUAUGCAGUGACAUCAUUUGGCGAAAUUAUCGCCUUCGAUCUCAGUGGGUCUGUGGUCACGACAAAGAUAAUUAUGGACAGGGUAAAGAAUCAUUGUGGGAGUGAGAGUGUUUACAUUGUUCAGGCUCCAUGGGGCGAUCUACUGCAAGUUUGGAGACCAGUCAUUCGGAUAAAAGAAGAGCACAAGGCAACAUUUGAGAACACUGCUAAGUGGAUGGAAAUAUAUAAAGUUUGUACUGUGACCAAAAAACUAGUGCGAAUAGAUAACUUGGAUGACCAUGUAUUGUUUCUAGUGAGUAACCAAUCACUUUGUUCCCGUGCUGAGGAAUAUCCACAGUUGAAACCAAAUCAUGUCUACUUCACAGAUGAUUUUGAGGGCAGGCCUUUUGCCUGCGAGCGGGGUUACCGCCUUGAUAUUGGAGUCCUUAACUUUGGCAACAAGAGCAUGGAGGAGAUUAUAUCUCCUCGGCCUUGGUCCAACUGCCAGGCUCCUUUGCUGAUCAUACUAAAUCCCAGGAAGAUGGAUUCAGCAUUGCACAUUUAGAUGCAACAUCCCUUAUAUUUGAGUAUUAGGCCCCGGUCUCAUGUCGCCUGAAUCGAAUCAAAGUCCUAAGGAUUUUGAUCCCAAAAUCCCUUCCUGAACAUGCCUUUAAUCAUAAUCUUUCCGCUUGAUACGGCACACACUAUACAGUGAACUAUUACUUGUGCCUUUAAUCAUAUCGGCCCUUCAUGGUUUUGUGACA